AUGAGCGGUACAAACUCGACUGGUUGCCUGCGCUGUGAUCACAAUAACUGGUGUCAAGUUCAUCUUCGUCAUAUAUGGAGUGUUCCUGCCAGAUAUUACGGAUGCGUGCUUAGUUUCUUUACUAACAUGGCUGUGCUGGAGCUCAUGGACCUCGGCGUUGCCAGCAAUUUUAUGGGAAUUCGCGUGCAGUACGAUGAGCUCAAUGGCUACAAGUCUGACCAAGAAGUUGCUAUUAUGGAGGUGCUUAUCAAGUUCGAGUUGGACAACUCGAAUCCAGUGCGCGAACUGAUCGGGGGAUAG